AGAACAAUAACAACAACGUUAAUUUAUAUAGAAUUUAGACAGUGAGAUAAGGUUAGAAAAUAAACAACAUACGUGUCCUUGGAAUCUACUACCUAAAUCGUGCUUGCCAGCUUUACUCUUACUCAGUUAUGGAACCAACAUAUAUAAACAACAACGGAAUGAAACCCAUUUAUUAAAUAUUAAUCAAAAUCAAAUUUUGACAAAAAGGGGUGCAUUGAAUAUUUAUUUUACUUUCUGGGUAGGAAGAUUUUUUUGGUUCAAAGAUUGAUUCAGUGAGAAAACAUGUCGGUGGAUCCAUGGCUGAUGCUGAUGUUGAUGUUCAUCAGCAGCACUUGUACUCUUGUCAUCAAUGGUGACACAGAUCCAAAUGAUGUCUCUACUUUAAUGUCUUUGUUUCAAAGCAUGAACUCACCGUCCCAGCUAAAUUGGCCGGCCAAUGGCAAUGAUCCUUGUGGACAAUCUUGGACAGGCAUCACUUGCUCAGGCAACCGAAUCACCGAAAUUAAGUUACCUGGUCGUGGAAUAUCCGGAACUUUGAGUUACAAUCUACAAUCCCUGACAGCUCUGACCAACCUAGAUUUGAGUAACAACAAUCUUGGUGGCACUAUACCGUACUCGUUUCCUCAACAAACAUUGCAGCACUUAAAUCUUGCUAAUAAUAAUUUCAAUGGAGGGAUACCUUAUGUUUUUUCUGAUAUUCCUUCUCUUAUAAGCCUGAAUCUUGGUCACAAUCAACUCAACCAAGGACUGUCUAUGAGCUUUCAAAAGCUUACUUCCCUUACUACAUUGGACGUUUCUUCCAAUUCUUUUACUGGAGAGCUCCCUCAGACUAUGAACGCACUAUCAAGCAUAAACACCAUGAAUCUACAAAACAACCAAUUUACAGGAACCAUCAAUAUCCUUGCUGAUCUUCCUCUUCAAAAUUUGAAUAUCGAAAACAAUCAUUUUACCGGCUGGAUACCAGAACAGUUGAAAAACAUAAACCUACGAAAGAAUGGUAAUUCGUGGAGCUCUGGACCUGCACCCCCACCUCCUCCUGGUACACCUCCAAUAAACAAAAACAAUGGUAAUCACAAGUCUGGUGAACCUAAAACCUCGUCAGGUUCUGGUUCAAGUGACGGAAGCAAAAAAUCCGGUAUAGGAGGUGGUGCCAUUGCUGGAAUAGUGAUCUCGAUCUUAGUUGUUGGCGCAAUAGUAGCAUUCUUUCUGGUGAAGAAAAGAUCCAAGAAGUCGUCUGGAGAUGUGGAAAAGCUAGACAAUCGACCCUUGGCUCCUCAUACUUCAAAUGAAGUGCAUGAAAUGAAUUCAACGCAAACUUCUUCUGUAAUUGACUUGAAGACAUUUGAUACUUCUGCGGCCUCAAUAAAUCUUAAACCCCCUCCUCAUAAAUCGUUUGAUGAAGACGAGUCUCCAAAGAAGCCCGCUGUUGUCAAGAAGACCGUAGCACCUCCUGCAAAUCUGAAAUCAUAUUCUAUUGCUGACCUACAGAUUGCUACGGGAAGCUUCAGUGUUGAUCAACUUCUCGGCGAGGGGUCUUUUGGACGUGUAUACCGUGCUCAAUUUGAUGAUGGAAAGGUUCUUGCUGUGAAGAAGAUAGAUUCAUCUGUCCUUCCUAAUAAUUUGUCUGAAGAUUUUAUGGAGAUAGUUUCUAAUCUUUCCCAUUUGCAUCAUCCGAAUGUGACGGAGCUUGUAGGUUAUUGUUCAGAGCAUGGACAACACCUCUUAGUCUAUGAGUUUCACAAAAAUGGAUCACUGCAUGAAUUCCUUCACCUCCCUGAUGAGUUCAUUAAACCGUUGAUAUGGAAUUCACGUGUCAAGAUUGCUUUGGGAAUUGCACGCGCUUUAGAGUACCUACAUGAAGUUUGUUCGCCAUCAAUUGUUCAUAAGAAUAUAAAGGCAGCCAACAUAUUGCUUGAUACUGAUCUUAAUCCUCAUCUAGACAGUGGAUUGGCCAGCUAUAUUCCAAAUGCAAACCAGGUAUUGAACAAUAAUGCUGGAUCUGGAUACGAGGCUCCAGAAGUCGGGAUGUCUGGUCAGUAUACUCUUAAGAGUGAUGUCUAUAGCUUUGGAGUUGUCAUGUUGGAGCUUCUAAGUGGACGCAAACCAUUUGAUAGUUCAAGAUCAAGAUUUGAGCAGUCGUUGGUUCGAUGGGCGACACCUCAACUCCAUGAUAUUGAUGCAUUGGCUAAAAUGGUUGAUCCUGCACUAGAAGGACUAUACCCUGUCAAGUCCCUUUCUCGAUUCGCUGAUGUCAUUGCUCUUUGUGUUCAGCCGGAACCUGAAUUCCGACCACCUAUGUCAGAAGUGGUUCAAGCACUAGUUCGGUUAGUGCAACGAACCAACAUGAGCAAACGUACAUUUGGAACUGAUCAAGGAGGAUCCAACCGAGGAGGUGAUGACCAAGACACCCUAGACAUGUAAAUGGAAACAAAAUCCUUGUGUUGAUAGAAUGGCUUCAAAGGAAUAUAAUAUGCGUCUCAUUUUCAUCGUUUCUUUUUAACCCUUCGACAGUUUCUUCGAGUGAGAUUGAUUUGUACCAUUGAUCAUUGAGGCUAGACAAACUAUUCAUGUAUUUUACUCAGCUAUUUAUUUUAUUUGUUAUAUAUAAAUCUCAAUAAUUUAAUUGUUUGUAAA